GCUGCUCAGCUUCCACGUGCCUGCGAAGGGCUAGAUGAGGUUCACGAGCGCUCCGCGCCGUGUCAAGCAGCUUCUAAGGGUGUAUUUCAGUUCCUAUCCCUUCGUUGUGCUGCGAAACGCGUUCCAGCACUGCGUAGUCGAAUAAAUGAACAAGGCGCGUCGCGCGCGCCAUCUGUGACGAACGACGUGGACACGUCACGUUUAUGUGACAUCCGUAACGGACGCACCCGCCAGGCCUGGCCGCCGCCGUCGUCAUCUACCUUGACACUGUUCACCACACCCGUUCCCCGCCCGCGCCAUGUUCAUCCUCAACUGGUUUUGGGACGUCUUGUCGCAGCUCGGCCUGCUGCACAAGAACGCCAAAAUCCUCUUCCUCGGCCUCGACAAUGCCGGCAAGACGACGCUGUUGCACAUGCUGAAGAACGACCGCUUGGCCACGCUCCAGCCUACGCUGCAUCCCACUUCUGAGGAGCUUGCCAUUGGCAAUGUCAAGUUCACCACGUACGACUUGGGUGGUCACUUGCAGGCCCGCCGCCUGUGGAAGGACUACUUCCCGGAGGUCGACGGUAUCGUCUUCCUCGUCGACAGCGCCGACUUCGAGCGUUUCGCCGAGUCGAAGGCUGAGCUCGACGCACUCCUCUCGAUCGAGCAGCUCGCGAAAGUCCCCUUCCUUGUUCUCGGCAACAAGAUUGACGCCCCGGGUGCUGUCAGCGAGGAGGAACUCCGGCACCACUUGGGCUUGUACCAGACGACUGGCAAGGGCAAGGUCCCCCUCACGGACAUCCGCCCUAUUGAGAUCUUCAUGUGCUCUGUUGUACAGAGACAGGGCUACGGAGAGGGCUUCCGCUGGCUCUCACAAUAUAUGUAAAUUACCUCCAGCGAGAACGGCCAUGACCUGUGUGCCACCGACGUAGGUGGCUAGGUUGUGUGUGACUUGCUAUGUAGUUCUGCUCUCUUUGUGCUUUGGUUACUUUUCCUUCAAUUUCACGUUCUUAGGCACUCUUGAGGUCUUUACGGGCG